CUCGAUUCUACUCUGUACAACUGCCACCUGGUCGAUGCUACGCUUUCACCCUCUUCCGCACAUCUGGGUGAGACUCUGACAAAUUGCAAUGCCAGAGUCAAGAGGCGCCAGCACUGGCGGUACUGCCGCCAGGCAGGAAGAAACUGGAGGGUCCAUGUUCAAAUCACUCCUCCAAGGACUGGCCAUUUUUAUGAUCACGCAAUUCGCGGUCAACCAGUUCUUUGGCUCAAAAACUACCCCGGCCGGUAGUUCAGCCCCAAAAGCAAAUGUCAACUUCGAGGACCGAGCUGAUGCGACGGCAUUGACAAACUACUCCGCGAUCCCCUACAACAUUGCACCAAUCUGGCCAGACGGCGGAGGUGUCGACAUCCAAGUCUAUGUUUCGCCAAACACUGCCAUAUUUCCCCUAUCGAAGCAACCGAAAGACAUCCUUGUGGUGGACGAGAAGAAUUUCCAGAUUGGAAACUACGAAGAGAAUAGGGAAAUUCAUGCCAACAUUGUUAUACCUAAAGAAGUGCAACACAACGGAACACUAUGGGCACACUUCUUCGUCGCUCUGACUGGCAAUGAGCUAGAUCCUACCGCGUCUACCUUUGACCCUGCCAAAGCGUACACGUUCAGCAAACCUCUGAACCACUAUCUACCCAAGAAGAAGGCACGCAAGCUGAAGAAUUUGCUUGAAAAAACUGAUGAACCCGAAGACGAGCCCGAGGAGCCCCGAGUCCCACAGAUUGGAUCUUUCUACCACCCGAACUUCACCAUGGCGGUAAUCCCCAAUACCGGCGUGCAGAAUUGGCGACAGAUGCACCCGGCCCUGCGAAAGAACAUUGUUCUGGAACGUACCGGUGCUCGAGAUGAGUCCGGCAUGAACGGUUGGUACUAUCCAGUCGUAUUCCUCAACACAUUCUGGCAACUUCGAUCCCAUAUGACUGAACUCAACGAUACGGUGACGGAAAUGCCGCUCAAUAUCGACUUGUACAACAUGGCCAACUGGAAGUACAGUAUCCUCGCCAGUGUCGAUGAAGGCAUGAAACAAAACCAGCAACAAGCCGCUUCAGGCGGGCCCAUGCCCGCCAGUGGCGAUGGCAGCGAAUUCGAAAAGUUCAAAGAGAUAUUGCUCGACACCAACGCAUAUCUUCUCGGCACGACAUUCUUCGUCAGUAUUCUCCACAUGGUUUUCGAAGGUCUCGCUUUCAAGAGCGACAUCUCGCACUGGCGCACGAAGAAGGACAACGUAGGCACUUCGGUACGCACCAUCCUCGCCAACGUGUUCAUGCAGACUGUCAUCUUCUUAUACCUUGUCGACAACUCCGAGGCGACCUCUUGGAUGAUCCUCGCAAGUCAAGGGUUCGGUAUCGUUCUGGAAGCCUGGAAGAUCACUAAAACGGUCAACGUGCGUCUGCGCGAACCGGGGCCGGACUCAUCGUUCAAAUUUCUCCCCUACGUUGUCGUGUUCGAGGACAAACACAAGCUCUCCGAGACUGAGAAGAAGACGCAAGAAUAUGACCAGAUCGCCUUCCGGUAUCUGUACAUCAUUGCAGUGCCCCUCUUGCUCGCGUAUGCAGUCUACUCGCUCAUUUACGAGACGCACAAGUCGUGGUACAGCUUUGUAAUUGAAACUCUGGUCGGGUCCGUGUACGCUUACGGCUUCCUCAUGAUGGUCCCGAGUCUAUAUAUCAACUACCGCCUCAAGUCCGUGGCACACAUGCCCAGCAAAGCGUUGACGUACAAGUUCUUGAAUACGUUUAUUGAUGACUUGUUUGCGUUUACGAUUCGCAUGCCGUUCUUACAUCGUCUGGCUACACUCCGUGACGAUGUCAUUUUCUUCGUCUGGCUGUACCAGAAGUACAAAUACAAGGUCGACUAUACUCGUGUCAACGAGUUUGGCCAGGGUGGUGAAGAUGAGGAGGAUGAGAGUGCUGCCGGGGAGAAGCCUAAGGGACUUGAAGGACAAGAUACAAAGGAGUUGAAACCCUCUGCCCCUGUGGCUAGUGCCAGUGGGAAUGAGACCAAGGCUGGAGCGAAGAAGAGGAGGUGAUGGGCUCGAUCAUCUGCCAACAUCCCUCUCACUUUGUGAGUUUGAUGUCCGAGGUCAAGGUUGAAGUCGAGAUUCGGGGCAGUAGAUGGAUCAUAUAGUUGGGAGUCACUCCUCAUAGACAGUAUAUGUAUGUGCAGAUACUACGGAGCGAAUCAUCUACCAUGCAGAGUAUGCUAGGACGAGUAUGGAGCAUUCCAAUAUUUCAAUGAUGGGCUUCUUGAUGAU